AUGAACAGCUCUAAAAAAAAAUAUGAAAGCUCUGUCAACUUGGCUGGAUGUUUAAGGAUGAUUGAGCAGGUCUAUACAGCGGACAGCAGCACGGAGGGGGUGUAUUACGAUCGCGACCACCGGGCUAAGGAUGAAAAGAAAGUUAAUAGAGUAGAGAUCGAUGUGGAUUGGGAAAACGCUAAGACCGAGAGUCAGCCCUAUUAUGACGGCGAUGGGAAGGAAGAAGGGACCAGACUGAAGAAGGAUCUCAAGGCUAGACAUAUUUCUAUGAUAGCGAUCGGUGGGUCACUGGGUACUGGAUUGCUCAUCGGUACCGGUACCGCCCUAGCAACAGCGGGUCCUGUGUCUUGUCUGAUCGCCUAUAGUUUUAUUGGUGUUUUGGUAUUUUUCACUAUGGCAUGUCUGGGGGAGAUGGCUACCUUUAUCCCGCUGGAUGGGUUUACCAGUUAUGCUAGCCGGUACUGUGACCCUGCACUUGGGUUUGCUGUAGGAUACAGCUACCUCUGUAAAUAUUUGAUCAUUACACCAAACCAGCUGACGGCAGCCUCGAUGGUUAUUCAGUAUUGGAUUCCUAGGGACCAAGUAAAUCCCGGUGUUUGGAUCACCAUCUUUCUGCUGGUCAUUGUGCUGAUAAAUACAGUCGGUGUUAAAUUCUUCGGAGAAUUUGAGUUUUGGCUUUCUAGUUUUAAAGUUGUCGUCAUGCUAGGUGUUAUCCUCUUUCUUUUCAUCAUCAUGCUUGGCGGUGGACCUAAUCAUGAUAGGCUCGGAUUCCGUUACUGGAAAGACCCCGGCCCUUUCAAGCCAUAUUCUAGUGCAAUCAGUGGUUCUAAGGGUAAAUUUGUCGCUUUUGUCUCGGUAUUCGUGUAUGCCUUAUUCGCAUACCUGGGUAUUGAGCUGACUGGUAUCGUUGCCGCGGAGGCGCAAAACCCUAGAAGGAACAUCCCAAGAGCUGUCAAAUUAACAAUGUACCGUAUCAUUGUUUUCUACAUUUUGAGCAUCUUUCUGCUAGGCAUGUGUGUCGCAUACAAUGACCCACGGCUUAUCGCUGCUAAGAGCAAGAAAACAUCAGCUGCGGCUUCACCAUUUCUUGUGGCCGUCGUCAAUUCAGGUGUACAUGUUCUCCCUCACAUCUUCAACGUUUGCGUCCUAAUCUUCGUUUUCAGCGCUUGUAAUUCAGAUCUUUACGUUGCCUCGAGGAGCCUUUACAGUUUGGCUAUCGAUGGAAAGGCACCAAAAAUUUUGGCUAGAACUAACAGAUGGGGGAUCCCGUACUAUGCGUUGUCGGUUGCUGUUCUCUUCUGUCUGCUCGCCUACAUGACGGUUUCUUCUGGAUCAGCUCAGAUUUUCAACUACUUCGUCAAUGUCGUGUCCAUAUUUGGUGUGUUAAGUUGGAUCUCUAUCUUGAUCACUUACAUUUUUUUCGACAGGGCUUUGAGAGUGCAAGGAAUUGAUAAAUCAACUUUGGCAUACGCAGCACCAUGGCAGCCAUAUGGGGCUUAUGUGACCUUGGCCUUCUGUGUUCUUUUGGCAUUGAUCAAGAAUUUUACAGUCUUCCUGGGCGAUACCUUCGAUUAUAAGAAUUUUAUUACAGGUUACAUCGGUAUUCCAGUGUACGUCUUUUGUUUCUUUGGCUACAAGUAUGUGAAGAAGACGAAAUUCGUCAAACCUCAUGAGGCAGAUCUGUACACUUACAAGGCAAGCGUUGAUCUGGAGGAAGAGGAGUGGAAAAUCUUUGAGGCCGAAAAGCGGGAAAGGCUCAAGAAUGGUCGUAAGAAUUUUGAGUGGUUCUACGAGAAAUUUUUGGGUAAAAUCUUUUAA